AUGCCAGACCAGCAACCACACACGUACGACCAGCAGCCCAUGAACGACCAACAACCUCCCGUGCCCGACCGACCCUACAUCGACCAGCCCUACUUGCCCUACCAACUCCACACGCCCGACCAGUUCCAACAGCCCUACCUUCGCGACCAGUUCCAUCAACAUCUGCCCGACUUUCAGCAACUUGCGCCCGCUCCCCCCCAACCUGCACUCUCGCAUAAGUUCCUUGCUCCCCGCCCACAACCCGUCCGCCGUGCCAGUACAGGCGACCUCCCACCAACCGCAGCCUAUCCAAUCCACCCAGCCCAGCUCUUGCCAGACCAACUGCCAGGACAGCCAAGAAGGUCAACUUCCCUCCAGUCCCGAGUCUUCGGCAGUCUCGGUCCUGGUCCGGAUGUGUGUGAGGCGUGCCGCUGCCGCCGUAUCCCAUGUUCAGGAUACCCUUGUUCGGGGUGUAUGGCGCGAGGGGUAAACUGCGUCAUUGCACAAACGCCGACGCGGAUCGUGGAGAGGCGUAAACGCCGUUUCGCAGCUGUUGAGUACGCCGUUCCCGAGAGCGCGAUGCCGCCUGAAAUCGGUGUCUUUGGCCCAACAAUUAUGUCACCCGCCGAGAUGCCCCUCUCACCCCUCGACCUCCUCCAGGACCAUUCGUAUGCUGGCCCAGCGCGCAGUGCGUCUUGGCCGUUCCUCCAGGACCUCGCGUGGCCAACUGAGGAGACGGAGAGUCCUCAGCCAUACGAGGGGUAA